AAUACAUAGACUGGUCGUCUUCCUCUCCCUCUGCCCAGUCGGUCGCUGACGAAAACAAGAAAACUCCCAUGAUGAUUCCAGACAGAGACCCUGCUUCGCAGCUUGCGCUGCCACCGGGAUUCCGAUUUUAUCCGACGGACGAGGAGCUCUUGGUUCAUUACUUAUGCCGGAAAGUCGCUGGACAUGAUUUCUCCUUGGACAUUAUCGGCGAGGUUGAUCUUUACAAGUUUGAUCCAUGGAUUCUUCCCAGUAAAGCUACCUUCGGAGAAAAAGAAUGGUAUUUUUUCAGUCCCAGAGAACGAAAAUAUCCAAACGGUUCACGGCCAAACAGAGUUGCUGGUUCUGGUUAUUGGAAAGCAACAGGAACAGAUAAAGCUAUCACGAUGGAAGGUCGUAAAAUUGGAACUAAGAAAGCCCUUGUUUUUUACGUUGGAAAAGCUCCCAAAGGGACGAAGACGAACUGGAUUAUGCAUGAAUAUCGGCUUUUAGGGCCCCCUAAGAAGAAUGAAAGCUCUUCGUUGGAUGAUUGGGUUCUGUGCCGAAUUUACAAGAAACACUCGAAUGCAGAAAAGUCGGUACAGAAUGCAUGGAACAAAGAACAGACCCACACUUCAUCUUCAUCGUCUUCUUCGCACCUGGAUGAUGUACUUGAAUCGCUACCAGAGAUUGAUGACCAGUUUUUUCAAUUACCUCGAAUAGACUCUCUCAGAAACUUACAACUAAGAGAAGAUAAACCCAACGUUCAGAGCAUUGAUACGGGAAAGUUCGAUUGGGUCAGUUCAGGAGGGAUGGGUUCUUCGUCCCAACCCAUCAACAACAAUCCAACACAGAGACUAGAGACGGACUUUUACCUUCCAACCGUACCUCCGCUAUUCCAAGUGGAUUCUCCGUCGGAGAAAUUUGGAGGGAGAUCCAUAGAAGAAGAAGUUGAGAGCAGGGUGAAAUCACAGCGAGUGGACAAUCGGAGCUCCUUUCAGCCAAGCUCAAACAUGUUGAUGAAACAGCAAUUACCCGACCCGGUAGACCCAUUUGGGUUUAGAUUCACAUACACUGUUCAACCGACAUCGGGAAGCUUCGGUUACAUGCAGUGACAACUGACAAAGAGAUCUGCCAUACCUUAUAGCAAAAACCCAAAAUCGUUAUUCGGUAGUCUCUCUCUUGGACCCACUAGACCCGUUUGGAAAUCGUUGUCAAUCAAAAACUUGAAUCAAGUGAGAGGAAGAGAAAAGGAACGAUGCAAAGUCAAAUUUCAUGAACAGUCAUUGGAUGGAUACAGGACUACAGGAGGGACGUAGCUCCAGUUUCAUCCAAUUCAUAAAGAUUUUUUUUUUUUCCUUGUGUGUGUGAAAUUUUCCUGAUUCUUUGGGGCUGGGGCUAAUGGAACUGAGCAAAAACUUUUGGCGUCAUUUCUUUGGUAUUUUUCUUUGUUAAUCAACGAUUAUUGUCCGAACGCUAUCAACCUUUUUGAUUUUCACUUUGUUUAAUUUUGAUAAAAGGGUUUUCAGAGUUUAUGCGUGGUUUUGUAGCUUGACGCAUUGUGGUAUAAUAAACUCUCACCAAUGAUCAACCCCAAUUAUAUGGGGGUGCUGUUUGGCCAA